AUGACUAUCCCCACUCGCAUUUUCCUCACAGGUGCCUCUGGCUAUAUCGGAGGCGAUGUCCUCCACGCGCUACGGUCCACUCAUCCUGAGUAUAGCAUUUCUGCUCUAGUGAGGGACACAAGAAAAGCUGCAAUCCUGUCUCAAGCCUAUCCAAACGUUCGAGUGGUCAGCGGUGAUCUCGAUUCCACGUCACUGAUUGAAGAGGAAGUUCGUCAGGCCGAUGUGGUAGUCCAUACAGCCAGUUCAAGCCACAUUGAGAGUGUCAAGGCGAUUGCUCGUGGUCUAGCUGGACGCAGUGAUCCCGGCUACUGGCUUCAGAUCUCGGGCGCAAGUGUCCUUUCGAUUAGCGAUAUUCUCAAUAGUACAUACGGAGAAGGAACUGACAAGGUCUUUGGCGAUGUCGUCGAUGCUGACGCUGUCCGCGAAAUUAUUCGCCAGAAUGCGACUCGCCGUGUAGUCGAUGACUUUAUUCUUAACCUGACCGGCCCCAAGACAGCUCUUGUGUUCGCACCUAUCAUUUACGGACAAGGUCGAGGCAUUAUCAAGCAGCGGAGUAUUCAGAUCCCUGAACUCGCCAGAGUCACCAUUGAAACCGGAAGGGCGAUCCAGGUGGGCAAGGGCGAGAGCACUUGGAGCAACGUCCAUAUCUCCGAUGUUAGCGAUCUUUUCGUAAAGUUGGUUGAAAAGGCCGUUCAGAAGGGGACAGAUGAACGCAUGUGGAAUCAGGAGGGGUUGUAUUUCCCCGGCAACUCGAUGCUGAGCUUCAGCGGGAUUUCCCUGUUGCUUGCUCAGACGGCCCACCGUCUCGGCUUGAUAGAGUUGCCUCUAGUCUCUGAGAUCGACCAUGUGGCGGCGGACAAGUUAUCUCCUCAUGGGGGAGUUCUAUGGGGUACCAACGCUCGCCAGAACAGUCAGCGGGCAAGAGAACUGCUGGGAUGGUGUCCAAAUGGCAGGAGUCUGGAGAGUGAUAUUCCUGAUACAGUGGAGGAGGAGGCAAAGCGACUGGGGAAGCUAUAA